AUGUCUGAAUCAAGGAUCUUGUUGCUGAUUCCUCUCGGUCUUGUAAUAGCUUCCUUAUUCCACACUACAGCUGGACAAAUCGGAGUAUGCUACGGGAUGCGAGGCGAUCCCCGGCCAAAUCCACCGGACGUUGUGGCUCUUUACAAGCAGCUGAACAUCCAGCGGAUGCGCAUUUACGACCCCAACCCAGAGACUCUCAACGCUCUCCGCGGCUCCAACAUCGAGCUCAUCCUCGACGUUCCCAAAUCCGAUCUCGAACGUAUCGCCUCUAACCAAAUGGAGGCCGACACGUGGGUCCGCGACAACGUCAAGAACUAUGACGGUGUCAGGUUCAGGUACAUCACUGUCGGAAACGAGGUGACACCCUCGGAGCCAGCUGGGAGGUCUCUCUUCCAGGCCAUGCAGAACAUCGAGAAAGCCGUUUCUGACGCAGGCCUCGGGAUCAAGGUCUCGACUGCUAUAUUCAUGGGAGCCGUCACGGAAACGUUUCCACCGUCGCUUGGGAGAUUCACGGAUGAGUAUAAGACCUUUCUCCAACCGGUGAUAGAUUUCUUGGUUAGCAAGCAAUCGCCUUUGCUCCUGAACAUGUACUCUUACUUCGGCUACAAGGAUGACAUGAACAGCAUCCAUUUAGACUACUCUCUGUUCACCAAACAAACCACUGAAUUCACUGACGGCCAAUACGCUUACAAUAACCUCUUCGACGCCAAUCUCGAUUCGGUUUACGUGGCGUUGGAGAAAUCCGGAGGCGGAUCGUUGGAAAUUGUUGUGUCGGAGAGUGGUUGGCCGACCGCAGGUGGACCAGGGACGAGUGUGGUGAAUGCUAAGACAUAUGUUAACAAUUUGAUACAACAUGUGAAGAGCGGAACUCCGAGAAAGCCAGGGAAAGCCAUAGAGACUUACAUAUUCGCUAUGUUUGAUGAGAACAUGAAGGAGCCUGAGUUUGAGAAGUUUUGGGGACUGUAUCUUCCUAAUCUGCAGUCUAAGUAUGAUGUCAAUUUCAGCUAA